AUGCCAACCCAGUUCCCUCUAUUCAACCAAGUUUACGGUAAAUACUUCUCCGAACACAAACCUGCUAGAUCCUGUGUUGCUGUAAAGGCUUUACCAUUAGGUGUUGACUUGGAAAUGGAAGUUGUUGCCAUCGAAAAGGAAGAUCCAAAGUUGUAA